AUCGGGCGGGCUGGCUUGACUGUGUUUUUCGAAGUGGCGGCUGGCUUGACUGCAGUCGGGAGAAGGAGGUUCAAGCGGCACAGAUUCAGUCACAGCUGUAGAUUGAACCGACAAAGACGACAUCUGCUCCGGAGGUGCGCGCGCACACGGCCUCAGGAUGGACGGGAAGCGCUGCGGUGCCAAGCUGUCGGUCCAGCCGUCCAGAGGGCUCAUGGACGAGAAGUUCACCGUCCUGGUCCAGAACGUCCUCCCUGGGUUCCAGCUGACCGUCGGCGCCUUCCACAAGUGUGAGGGCGGCUACGGCUGGGAGGCGUUCGCCCACUACACCGCCAACGCCACCGGGACCGUGAACGUUUCCGAGGAUCCCAGUCUGGGAGGGACAUAUUCUGGGGUUGAACCAAUGGGUCUGAUGUGGAGCCUCAGACCAGUUCCAGGCAGCAAAUCAGGGCUCAGGAUGAGGAAGAUGGACGUCCAGACCCCCAUGGUGGUCAUGAUCUCUGUGUACCAGGGUCACCUGACCGGGGGCUUCGUGGACCAGCUGCCGCUGGCCGGCGUGGCGGUGGAGCGCUGGUACAUGGCGCCCGGCGUCCGCAGGAUCCCCAUUACAGAAGGCGGACUCACGGCGACCCUCUUCCUCCCCUCAGGGCCGGGACCGUUCCCCGCCCUCCUGGACCUGUGGGGGGGCGGAGGGAAGUUGGUGGAGUAUCGGGCGGCGCUGCUGGCGUCCCACGGCUUCGCCGCCCUGGCCCUCGACUACCUGACACCUCAAAUCACCAGGGAAACUGGGAAGAUGGUGGACAACGACUACUUUGAGACCGCCUACAGAGUCCUGGAGCAGCAUCCUCAGAUCAUCGGCAGCAGGAUCGCCAUGUUGGGCCUUUCCUUCGGCACCAGUCUCACCCUCAGGAUGGCGGUUUACUCCCAAGUCAUGAAGCUCAGGUGUGCAGUGUGCAUUAGUGGGAGUCAUGUGCAGCCCAUCGGCGGAUCUUUGCAACAAAUAAUGAGUUACUUUAAAGAUAAUGCUGGUAAAGCCCGAGUUAACGAGGAAGAGCAAGUGAUUUGGCGAGAUCUGCUGCUGCCCAUCCCCACCGAUCCCUCCCUCAAAGUAGACGUGGGUCGUCUCCGCUGUCCUCUGCUGGUCGUCGUGGGUGAGGACGAUCAGAACUGGCCCGCCGACGAGUCAGCGAUGGACAUGAAGGCGAUGAUGCAGCGGGCGGGGAACGACCACCUGCUGACCGUCCUGUCGUACCCGAACGCCGGGCACCUGAUCGAGCCUCCGUUCACGCCGUUCGCCCGAGCCAGCGUCUUCAAGACCAUGGGCAAGGCCCCUCAGACAUUCAUGGCUCUGUGGGGCGGAGAGGUGGUGGCCCAUUCUGUGGCCCAGGAAGACGCCUGGAGGAAGACGCUGUCCUUCCUGAGGCAGAACCUGUACGGCGGCUCACACCCCGGGGCGGAGACCUCGUCCCACCUGUAACCAAGGCAACGCCUCUCGAUGUACACCCUGCAAGCUGCUGAGCAGAAGAUCAGAAUGAUGAACGUGAGCCAGCCGAUGGUGGCAGAGCACUGAGGAUGUUUAAAGGCGCUCUCUUGUCUCUUAUAAACUGAAUAAAAUAGCAAUUGUGCAAGAAACUG